CUUAAAUAUACGGAAGCCCGGGCAGACGAGUUCGACUUAAACAAGACGAGUUGUAAAUGGUUGUAAGUCGAGUUAUUGAUAUACAAGUCGUGUUCGUAUACAUGACAUAACCCCAAACUUUUGUUUACAUCACCUGUAUUACAACAGCAGCAGCUUAAAGAUAAUUCGUAUGGUAUCAUCUCAUUCCAUGAUACAUCCUGAUAUAGGGCAUAGAGCCAUAUAGAGGUAAAUAUGGUUGAUAGCGUCUAUAUUCGUUGAUCAGGUAUAUGCCUGAAAAGUCAGCACCUGGUCAGCACACAGCACAUUCAGCGUCUGUCUGGUCUGUUAAAGCAUCAAUCAGAUUGUGAUGACAUUUGGCUAAGAAGUGUAAAUAUAGAGAAGGAACAUUGUAUUGUUUUUUAACAAACGUUGAACAAAAGUCUUACAGACAGCAGUUCAUUCAGAAAAAAUUAUUAUCGAUCAAACAUUUUUGUGUCGCAAGGAAAUGACGUAUGGAUUCCAAAAAAAAAUUCAAUAAAAACAGGUAUUGGAAGAAAAAAUACCAACCGCGAAAUGGAGCUGUUGAUGUAAAUAAGCCAUCCAACAUUAAAGUAAUAGAAAAUGUGAGUCAAUCAGAAGAAUUAGAAAAUGAUUUUACCUUGAAGCAACCUGUACCCAAGGACGGAUGGUUUCCAGAGUCUGAAUCAGAUGAAUCUAGCGACUUGGAGGAUUUCUCAUCGUUGAUCAAAACAAGUAGUCACAAGCAGAGUGAAAAAAAUUGGUUCGACAAAGAACUAGAUAACGUUCAAGUAGCCUCAGAUGUUGCCGUUGAUACAAAAAACAUCGAAGGCAAUGAAAAUUUACCAAAAUCGGUCUCAAAUUCCAAAAUAGUCAACAGUAUUUUAAAAAAAGUUGUAAAAGAUAAAAAAUUAUGUGAUGGUGCAGAUGAUGAAGAAAAAGAAUUGGAUUUUCUGCUGUCAUUAAGAGAACCAGUAUACACUGGUUCAGUUUUUUUAAAAAAAGAAACAAAAGUCGUUGCUACAAAUUCUGCAGAAAGGAAACCAGUCAAAUCAAUAGAUCUAGAAAAGUGGUUAGACUCUGUAUUAGAUGAUUAGCUACCAGACAUCUGUACAAAAAUAUGGAAUACUCUCCCUUAAUUAAGCAUCUUGUAAUUGUCACAUUGCUCUUAAAAUUAGUUAUUAUAUCAGUUUAAAACUGAUACAAGAUAUUCAUGCAUAUAGUCAUAAACCAC